CAGACGGACAGACGGACAGACACCUCUCCCACCCUCCGGAAUCCUCUGCUCCUGUAAGAUUGCAGGCACCCGAGGGUCCUCAUACCUCAGCCAGCCCUGAGCCGCCCUGCCCCGGCCCAGAGAGACAGAGACCCAGAGAGACAGAGACCCAGAGAGACAGAGACCCAGAGAGACAGAGACCCAGAGAGACAGAGACCCAGAGACCUGGCCUAACCUGGGCCCUCACCUGCUUCUACCUGCGAGGAAACAUCCUGCUUUUCUUCUUUAACGUCUUCUGCAAAUUCGGCGCAUUGUAACCGUGUCGUUUUUGUUUUUUUCGUUUUUUCUUCCCGAACACAUCGGUUGCGUUGGCGCGAAACCGGGCGCUCCCUCCGCAGUCGUAGAAUAAUGUAUUUUACACGCCUUCCUCGGAUUUCUCCCAAAGGAUAAGCGACACGGAAGGGACUCGUUGUUGUUAUUACCUUGUGCCGAGCGUGCCGCGUGAAUCGGAGCCUUUGACCUUUUGCUCGCGGGACUCGGAGACGAUUUCGGACGUUAGGCGUCGCUUUCGCACGACCUCGUUUGGUGGGCUCUUCGGACGAGACUUUUUUUCCGCCAUGCUGGACACCAAUCCCCGCCUGCGAAUGGACCCCGGCUCCCUGAGGCCUCCGCCAAUCAGAGACGGCCUGGAGAAGCGAGGAAUGCGAUUGGCCUACGGGCGGCAUGCGUGUCACGGCCUGAGGGAAGUGCUGCAGCUGAAGCUCCAGCAGCGACGCACCCGGGAGGAACUGGUGAACCAGGGAAUCAUGCCCCCGCUGAAGAGUCCGGCUGCGUUUCACGAGCAGAGGAAGAGUCUGGAGCGCGCGCGGACUGAAGACUACCUGAAGAGGAAGAUCAGGAGCAGGCCAGAGAGGUCUGAGCUGGUGAGGAUGCACAUAUUGGAAGAGACGUCUGCGGAGCCGUCCCUGCAGGCCAAGCAGCUGCAGCUGAAGCGCGCCCGUCUGGCGGACGACCUCAACGACAAGAUCUCCCACCGGCCCGGCCCCAUGGAGCUCAUCCACAAGAACAUCCUGCCAGUACACAGCAGCCUGAAGCAGGCUCUGAUAGAGACGGACUUCCCGAAGGGCGCGGGCGAGAGCUCGUCGUUCGAUGAGGACAGCAGCGACGCUCUCUCUCCAGACCAGCUGCUGGGCCACGACUCGCCCCUAGGCCCCGUCCCCCUGGGCCCUGCCCCCCUGGGCCCCGCCCCGCUUCCAUCGCCCCCCGACACGCUCACCUGCGCCGGUAACCCCUCCCCCACGCAGUUUAUCCCUCGGGCCCCGCCUCCACCGCCUCCCGCCCCCCCUGUGCCCUCCCCCUCGCAGAUCCUGACCAAUGGCACGCCAGCUCCUGUGGCUUCCAGGCCCACCCCCACGCUGAUUAAGUCCAGGACUGACCGGCUGUCUCAGCGCUCUAAGAAGCCCAAGGACAGCAAGCCCAAGGUGAAGAAGCUGAAGUACCACCAGUACAUCCCGCCCGACCAGAAGGCAGAGCGCGAGCCGCCCCCCCAGCUGGACUCCACCUACGCCAAGAUCCUGCACCAGCAGCAGCUCUUCCUGCAGCUGCAGAUCAUCAACCAGCAACAGCAGCACUACAACUACCACACCAUCCUGCCCGCUCCGCCCAAACCUCCAGCGGAUCAGCCGCCUUCCUCAAACUCUGGCCCCUCCCCGUCUCGGGCCAUUCCCGCCCCUACGUCCUCCUCCCCCAAUCAGAGCGGGCAAAGCCGGCAGAGCCACGCCCUUCCAGCUGGGGCCAAGCCCGGACCUUUACCCACUAACCUGGAUGAAUUAAAGGUGGCGGAGCUGAAACAGGAGCUGAAGCAGCGCAGCCUGCCCGUGUCCGGCACCAAGAACGACCUCAUCGAGAGGCUGAGGCACUUCCAGGAGCAGCACGGGGUCGCCACGGCGACGGCGAAAAACAACCAACCGCAGCAGCCGCAGCAGCAGUUGGCCCCGCCUGCUGGCUCCUCCCCUGUUGUGGGCGGACCCACCGUCCUGCAGCAAUCGGGAGAGGGCGGCAUGGUGCUGGCGGCUUUCCCAUUUGUUGCCACAGUUGGAGGGGGCGGAGCUCCGCCCCCGGUAAUGCAUUUUGGCAGCACAAGCUCCUCCCCUCCGGCGUCUCCCGCCCUAUCAGACCGCUCGUUGGCUGGAAUGAGCCCGGAUGAGACGAGUUGCAAUGGUGAUGCGUUCGGAGAGAUGGUCACCUCCCCGCUCACCCAGCUGAGCCUGCACCCCUCCCCGCUGCCCGCCGGGGCCACGGUGAAGGAGGAGGGCCCCGACCCGGGCCCGGCCCCCUGCCUCUUCUCCCAGCGCGGCGCGCGGGAGCCGGGCGCGGCCCUGGACAAGGACCAGAUGCUGCAGGAGAAGGACCGGCAGAUCCAGGCGCUGACCCGCAUGCUGCGGCAAAAGCAGCAGCUGGUGGAGGCCCUGCGUCUGCAGCUGGAGCGGGGCAAGCAGCCCUCCUGCGUCAAGCUGGAGCCCCGCCGGGACGCCGACCUCCUGGACACCGACACCAUCUGCGUCACCGUCAAGAAGGAGGAGCAGGAGGAGGACCAGGAGGACCAGGAGGAGGAGGAAGGGGAGGAGAGGAUGCAGCACGAGGACCAGCCCCAGGGCCGGACGCAGCAGACGCAGCAGACGCAGCAGACGCUGCAGACUCUGCAGGCGCAGCGAGACGCAGAAUCCCAGCUGCAGGACCUGCAGCGCAGUCAGCCCAGGCUCUCUGACCCGCAGCAGCACAGGAAGAAGAAGACGCACAGGCAGCAGAGACAGGAAGCGCAGCAGCAGAAACAGGAAGCGCAGCAGCAGAGACAGGAAGCGCAGCAGCAGAAACAGGAAGCGCAGCAGCGGCUGCUGCACUCGCAGCAGGUGUUCAUCAACCAGCAGAUGCAGACCCCUGCUUCCGUCUCCGCCCCCUCCUUCCCAUUGGACCUGCUGAAGGCACAGACCACGCCCACCCUUUUGACGGACAGCAACGGUAACCACUUCCUGAUCGCACUGACCAACCACUGCACGGACAGCGGGGCCAACAGAACUGCAGGGGGCAAAGCUGGCGGCCAUGUCAAGCUGCAGAGGCUGAAGUCCACUCCCACAAAGUCCUCCAGCCAAUCGCCACCCCAUCGCCCUUCCAGCACCGAGAGCCAACCAGAGCAGCGGAUGCAGCCUGGUGGCCUCACCGACCAACCAAUCGGAAAGGGACAGAGGGCGGCUCUGCACGUGACGACCGACCGCCCGCCAGGGGCGGCCCCGUCGUUCUCCGCCCCGCCCAAUCUUCAGCCUUUCUUUCUCGGCGAGGACCCCGCCCCCGGUGGACGCGCCGGCCCCUCUCCUCCUCCUCCCCCUCGUAAUACGGAGGUGUGUUCGGGCAUCGACCAGCACACACUGUUCAGCCCCCCCUCCCCCUCCCCUAAACAGACAUGCACAUCCACUCAACCUGGGAAGGAGAACGGCUCUACUCAGCACAUGGACGACCUGUUUGACAUCCUCAUUCAGAGCGGAGAGAUCCCCGCCAGCUUCAAGCCCGAGGUGGACCCCGCCCUCUCGCGCCUCCGGCCCAACACCCCGCCCCCUUCGCCCUCCCCGUCCUCCAAUCAGCUCUCGCCCGCGCCCGCGCCCGCCGCUUCCCAGCAGCCCCUGGGGGGAGAGGCCCCGCCGCGGUCCUCCGGGGAGUGCGACGGCGGUGGAGGCACGGGAGGCGGCCGUCUGGAGGACUUCCUGGAGAGCACCACGGGGAAGCCGCUGCUGGGGGCGGAGCCCGGCGGGCCCUUGACUCUGAUCGACGACCUGCACAGCCAAAUGCUGAGCACCUCCAGCAUCCUGGACCACCCCCCGUCCCCCAUGGACACCUGCGAGCUCAGCUUCACGCCCCACCCCGCGGGGCUGGACUUCGGCGACCCCGCCCUGGACAGUAUGGACUGGCUGGACAUCACCAUGGGGGGGGCGGGCGGCGGGGCGGGGAGCGGCGCGGCGAGCCUCGCCCCUCUCAACCCCCACACGCCCCCCAGCGUGUUCUCUGCAGACUUUUUGGACAGCUCUGACCUGCAGCUGCACUGGGACUCCUGCUUAUAGCUGUGUGCUCUUCACAGCCCCCCUCCCCCACCUCUCUCUCUCUCUCUCUCUCUCUCUCUCACACACACACACACACACGCACAUACACUCACACACACACUCUCACACACACAUACACACACUCACACACACACACCCUCACACACACAUCACACACACCCUCACACACACAUCACACACACACACACACACACACUCACACUCACACACAAUCACACACACACUCACACACACUCACACUCUUACACACACACACACACACACCCACACACCCAAACGCUCUUAAAUCUCUUCUCUCACACUGAUACGUUCACUCCAUCCACUGGUUCUCCCUCCCUCUCUCUCUAUCUCUCUCUCUCCCCCUCUUUCUUGGUCUCCCUCACACCCAGACUGGCAUUAAAACGUACAUCAGUCAGAACCUAUUCAUUUAGAACCCACUGUACAUAGGACACAUUGCGUGGCUCACUCCACUAUCUCCAUCUUCAUGAAGCUGAGUAUCUGAACCUUGUCUCCGUGGCUACAGUACUAGCACCAGGACAACGGACACCAGCCCAUAAUUAUAAACAGCCUCAACCAAAACCUUAUCUGCACCCUGACCAGGUAUUGAUACGGUCAGUUAUCCACAUACAUAAUGUGCGUGUGUUUUUAUCUUCUGUUGGUGCACUGUCAGUCACGCACACACAUGCGCGCACGCUCAGACCGAUUAGUCUAGCCUUCUAGACUAGUUGAUUGGUUCAGAAUUCGGUUCAGGUUCGAAUUGAGUGAUCCCAGUACUUCAGGGAUUAAUGAGGGGGGGGGGGGGAUCCAGAGACAGAACUGCUCAUUGGCUUGUUUGUCUCCUGAGUGCACUUGUUAUUGGUCUGCAAUAGGAGGAGCGCACACGCCCUGCUGCUUACACACUGUUGAGGUCUUUCCACACCAAGAGCUGUAACUCCACUCACUGAGCACUUUAUUAGGAACACCUACUUAUACUUCUAUUUAGUCAGCCAAUUGUGUGGUGGCAGUGCAACGCAUAAAAUCGUGUAGACACGGGUUAGGAGCUUCAGUUAAUGUUCACAUCAACCAUCAGAAUGGGGAAAAAAUGUGAUCCUACUGUUACCCCACCACUGACCGUGGAAUGAUUGUUGGUGGCAGACAAGGGUGGUUUGAGUAUCUCAGAAACUGCUGAUCUCCUGAGAUUUUCACGCACAACAGUCUCUAGAGUUUGCAGAAAAUGGAAAACAAAAAACAGUAGUAGCAGUUCUGUGGGCAGAAAUGGCUAGUUAAUGAGAGAGGUGGAUGAGGAGAAGGGCCAGACUGGUCAAAGCUGACAAGAAGGUGAUAGUAAUGUAAAAAACCACACAUUACAACAGUGGUAUGCAGAAGAGCAUCUCCGAACACGCACUGCAUCAAAUCUCUUAAGUGGAUAGGCUCCAAAAUAAGUAAUAAAUACCAAAUAAAGUGCUCAAUGAGUGUAUAAUGAUAACUGUAAAUAUAUAGUUUAAACUUUUAAAGUAGUACAAAAUAAAAAAUACAAAAACAAAUUGUGGGGGCCACACCACAGCUAUAACGACAACACUGCGUUACGUUGCUGACACUUUUUUUUUUUUUCCCCCAAGCCACUUGCAGUCGAUUAGACUAAGCAGGGGACGACCCCCCUGGAGCAAUGUGAGGGUUAGGGCCCUUGCUCAAAGGCUCAACAGCUGUCAUGGCUACACUGGGGCCUUCAACCACCAGCCUUCCAGGUCACAGUCAUGUGCCUUAGACGCUAGGCUACCUGUGACAUCGACAUUGACAAAUGAAAUCGUUGGGAUCACUUUCACAGCCAAUUUUUUUCCAGAUGCAUGACCGGGAAAACCCUGACGGUCAAUCAAAACCCAUCAAGAGACUUUUUUUUUUUUUUUCAGAACAUUAUCAUUCAGCCGUGCGGAUGCUCACAUUGUUGUCGUUAUGGUUAUAGUUAACAUAAUUGCGAGAGCAGGCCCUUCAGCCCAGCAAUGCUCACCUUUUCCUACCACUAAAGUGUGCUACUACUGCUUAGUUUGUCUGAAAGCUAAAUAGUAUCUAGCGCCAUAUCAAGCCUGGUCUUGUAAACCCCCAGUGUUUCUGCCUCCACUACGCAUGUCCUGGCAAGCUAUUCCACACAUUGACCACUCUCUGUGUGGGGAAAAAAUAUUCCUAAUAUCUAUGCGGAAUUUAUCCAAUUUCUAUUUAUGCCCCCUCGUUCUGCUAACCAAACUCGCCCUGAAGAAUCACCUGUAGUUCACUUUGUUAAUCCCUUUAAUGAAUUUAAAAGCCUCAAUCAAUCCCCCCCCCCCCCCCCCAAAGUCUCUUUUUAGUGAUCUUUAAGAGAUUAAACAUCUUACGUUUUUCAUCGUAACAGUUCUCUUUUAUACAUGGAAUCAAUCUGGUUGCCCUUCUCUGAACCUUUUCCAGCAUCUCUAUGUCUUAGUGUGGUCCCCAGAAGCGCACCCAGUACUGUACUGCAUACAGUACAGUGUGGUCUAACAAAGGGUAUUCUUGGUGUGGAUGGGCCUUCACUGCACACUGGGUAUAUGUCAGGUAGCGUGCCACUUGCUGAAACUAUAAUCUGCUGAAAUCCAGCUUCACAUAGGCGUGAGGUUGUGUACAUAUCACUAUGGUGACAACGAUUAUGCGUUCAGGGUUUCUUUUCUUUUCGCAUAUCGCCCCCCGACAUUUGCACUGACUGACCAAUGGCGGGGGGGUGGGCGUUGUUGGGGGCGGUGUCAAGCAGGGGGAGCCCCCCAGAAUGAUACUGUAAGGAGCCUAUCCAAACACGCACUUAAGCUGGCCUGUCUGUGCUUCUGGUGUCAGUAAACCACCCAAUGAAAUGUACUCUUCUUUGGAGUAUUGCCAGACCGUAAUGCAUUGCUGUAUUUGGUACACAUAAACUAUUAAUUUUACCUGCUUUGGAAUGUUGGUAAUAUGUGGUUCAAAAAUAUUUGGACUUUUUUUUAUAUAUAAAAAAAAAAAAGGAAAUAUUACUCCUUGAAAAUAAAAAUAAAAAUCUAA